AGCACCGCGGGUCCCUGGCCUGCCUCCGUGCAUUUGCACAUGCCAUUCCCUGCCUGGCCCACUCCCCAAACUCCUGCUCCCUCUCCGGUGUCCAGCAGCCACCAGCCUCAGCUGCCCACCACAUCCCUCGGAGCAGUUGCUCACUCGCCCGGCGCCUGCAGCCCUGGGGGGGUGGGGGGGCUCCUAGACUGCCUUGUCCUGCCCUGCCGCCGUGUUUACUUGUUUAUGUCCCGCCGCGCUUCCCUGUGGGUCCCUCUGGGUCCCUCAGCCGGGUGCUGGCACUGUCCAGCACAGAGCCUGCAGAUGUUUCCCAAAUGAAUCGCAGUCACUCAGCUAAACUGUGCGCGCACGGACAGGCGGGGGAUCGGCCCAGCCCUGCCCUCAAGAACUCCGGGCUGUCCUGGAGGAUCCCCCCCAGACUCACCACACCCCCACUCAGACACACCAGCCUGGCCUCCCUGAUGGGGCAGGGGUGCUGCGAGGGGGGCAGAGUCCUAAAGUGGCAGAGGACAGGGAGGAGGAAGUUGCUUGAAAGCCUGGUGAGGGGAGAGAGUAGUAGCCCAGGGGAGGGAAGGGGCACAGCUGGGCUACAGGGGGCAGUGUCUGGCCACUGGGCACAGCUCUGUGGUUGCCUCCCCCAUCUCCCGGGGGAACGAACCUCUGUUCGACCCAUCACGCCAGCAGCAGCCACAGGGAGACAGGACCCUGGGAGCAGAGGGGCCCCACACACACACUGUGUCUAAGGUACCUCCUGCCCAGCCAUCCCCACCCCCAACCCUGCUCUCACCUCUCGAAGAACGUCCACAAGGCACCUCCACCUACCCAGCACAAACCACUGCCUGCAAAGCCUGGCUCUGCCUCCCUAAGACCCGGGGCAAGGGACUCCCCAGUCCAGGCCUCCGUUUCCUCACCUGUAAAGGGGGCAUCACCCCCGCCGCACUGGAGCGUGGCAACGAGGAAAGAGGUUACUGAAGAUAAAAAAGCAUGUUGGGACUUCCCUGGAGGUCCAGUGGUUAGGACUCUGCCCGUUCGCUGCUGAGGCUGGGUUUAAUCCCUGGUUGGGGAACUAAGAUCCCGCAAUCCACGUGUUGGAGUCAAAAAAAGAGAAGCAUGUACGCUGAGCACGGCUCCUGGUGAGCCUGGAACGCGCGUGUCGUCGUCAUUUUAUGUGAAGCAUCUGGAGCAGCUGGCAAAUGGGCCAGCUGGCGCCACUGUUGCUGAGCACCGGGCUCUGGGCUUGGGACUCCUGACAACCACGAGAGGCAGGCACGGACGCCGGCCUGCUCAGCCACGAGGAAGCCGGGGCUCAGAGAGGUGAAGUCACCUGCCCGAGCUCACACGGCUGGGCCCUGGAGGAGCUGGCACCUGAACCUGGGGCUGCAUCUUCUCUGGGCCUGGACUCCAAAUCCGUAUCCUAGCUUCCCUCCCUCCCACAGCGUAAGUGCCCAGACCGGCAGACCCUCCGGCGGGUCCCGCCCUGGGCAGCAGCGUGGCCUGCCAUCUCCAUCCCUUACUGGGGUACCGCGGUGGGGUGGGGGGGCAGCGGCAGCCCGCAGUCCUUGAGAGCUGAGCCCACGGGACAGGGACUGGGCAGGCUUGCUGGGAAGGGGCGGGGACAAGGUGGGCAAACCGGUCGGGCCACUGGGCUCCUGGCUCCCAGCUCCCGGCCUCUCACCAGUCUGGCCUGCGCUGAUGCUGCCAGACGGUGGGGCUGGCACAGCGGCUCGGCUGGCGGCAGCAGCGGGGCAGGGAGCUGGGGCUGCGAGGCUGCCAUCAGGUAUGGGGGACCCCAGGCCGGGGGGAUGAGGUGGGCAGGGGCCACGCGCCAGGCCCCCAACCCUCACCAACUCCAGCUCUCACCCCCGUUUCUUCUGCCCCUCGGGUUCUCCCGUGCCUGCCUCUCAACAGCCUCCUUCCCUCGCUUCCGCUCCUCACAUUUUAAACCCAGUGCCCCCCGCCUCAUCCCCAGUUUGCUCAGCCUCUCCCCAGACUGGACCACGCCGACUUCAUCUGCUCCCCUAGAGGCCCCUCCCUCCAACCCCUCAUUAGGUCCCAAAUGUCUCAGCCCUGACAUUUCAGCCGCUCGCCUGCCCGGUGGCUCGCUGCUCCCCGCCUCUCACCGCACUGGUUUCAAGUCCCUUCAGAGGGUGCCGGCCUCCACCGCCCACAGCGCACCCGCCCAGUACCCAGCUCCCCCCUGAUCUUACUCAGCCAGCCCCUGGCUCCCAGCCCACGUCGGCUCAGCACCCGCACUGUCCCAGCCUCUUGGAAACUCCCAGCAGCUCCCGAACACCCAGGCCUUGGAAAUCUCACCCACCCCAAAUUACCCCCCAACCCCCCCCAAGCGUUCUCAUUGUCGCGCGCCUGGCUGUCCCGUCCCCCCAUCCUGACCUCUCCCUGUUACUCUGAAGAGCACCCCCAUGCCACCUGGGUAGCCCAGGACCCCAACAUCCGGGAUGAGGUCUCAUCUAUCGCAGGUCUCGGGGCCGUCCGGUGGGUGGGUUCUUGCUGCUGGCGCCCGAGGGGGCUGGGUACUGAGCCCGCCUCUCGUCCCCACCCCCAGCAGGCCCCCCGCCGCCAUGAACCAGCACUACACCAUCCACUUCACCAAGGGUGCCCUGCCCCCCCGGACGCCCACCAAGCACUACUGCUCGGACAGGGAAUUGGGGCACCAAAAAGCCCUCCUGACUUGGGGCAGCGGGGGAUGAACACCAGCUUGCUCUGGUGUUGGGGAGUGCAGCUGCAGCAAGAGAUAUCCUGACAGAGGAUGACGUCUACUGCAGCUGCCUGGCCAAGACUCUCUGCCACGUGCCUGUCCCUGUGACCGUGGGUUUCUACGCCCCCUUUGGCUGCCGCCUGCACAUGAUGCUGGACAAGAUCAUGGCGCUGAUGCAGCAGGAGGCGACCCAGAGGGAGGCCGAGGAGCUGCGGCACGUGCAGUGGCAGCUGAGGCCCGUACGGGGCUGGGGCUUCUCGAAGUUGCUGUGGUACCUGGUGUUCCUGCAGCCCAUCAUCACCGAGUUGCAUCUGCGGCGCAAGAACGUCAAAUUCCUCUUCAUCCGUUUCAGCGCCUGGCAGUACGCAGGCAGUGACAAGCUGUGGGCCGGCCUGGUGGCCACGCUGUGCGAGGGCAUCCGCCAGCAAUACGGCGCACUGCCCUUCAGCUUGUACUCGGUGCUGGGCAAGAAGGCGGCCACGAGGCUGGACUACCGCCAUCGUGAGUGGCACUGCCGGAGCCGAGUGUGCCUGGCAAUGCUGGGGCUGCUGGCGGCGUUCAGCCUGGGCAUGAGCCUGCUCUACCUGUCGAUGAGCUCCCACGUACUGGGCCACGGCAACAUGUUCCGGGCAUUCGGCGGCGCGGCCACCACGCUUUCGAGCUCCGGGCUGCUCAUGGCCUUGUUCUCGCUGGGCAAGCACUUGUUCGUGAGCCAGCGCAAGAGAAUUGAGCGGCUGGUGUCGCAGGAGAGGUUCAGCAGCCAUCUGGGAUUCAUGUGCGAGGUGAAGAAGGAGGUGGGGCUGCUCACCGACUUCCUGUGCUUCCUGGAGAUCUACCAGCGGCGCCGGCUGCGCGUCGUGCUCGAGAUCACAGGGCUGGACACGUGCUACCCGGAGCGCGUGGUGGGCGUGCUCAAUGCCAUCAACACGCUGCUGUCCGACAGCCACGCGCCCUUCAUCUUCAUCCUGGUGGUGGACCCCAGCAUCCUGGCCGCGUGCCUCGAGAGCGCCGGCUCCAUGAAGGGCACGGCCGACAACGGUUACCUCUUCCUCAACCGCACCGUCACGCUACCCUUCUCCGUGCCCAUCAUGGGCCGCCGCACCAAACUGCAGUUCCUGCACGAUGCGGUGCGAAGCCGCGACGACCUGCUCUAUCGCGAGAUGACGCUCAACGUGAGGUCGCGGGGCGGGACCGGGGGCGGGGCGGGGACCGGGUGCGGGGCGGGGACCGGGGGCGGGGCGGGGACCGGGGGCGAGGCGGGGGCGGGGGGCGGAGACGUCGCGCCGCUCCUAGAGAUGGAGGGGCCGGCCCGGGCCGAGAGCGCGCAAAGCCUCCUGGAAGUAAAGGCGGCGCGCAGCAUCCAGGAGGCGCUCUGUUGCCUGCACGACGAGUACGACUGCCUCAUCGAUUACGUGCCCGACAACGUGGUGUCCAUGCGGCGCAUCGUCAACACCGUGCCCAUCACCGUGCGCCUGCUGCAACGGCAGCAGGGGGACUUUGAGGGCCUCUCGCCGCGCCAGGCCGUGGCUUGGGUCGUGCUCGCCAACCAGUGGCCGUGCCGUCUCAGCUGGGCCCUGCAGUGCCUGGAGGACCAGCAGCAGGCAGGGAGCGCGCCCGAAGCCUACGCGCCCCUCUGGGACGUGUUCUGCGACCACAGCCUCGAGCUGCACACCAUGACCGCGACGCUGCAGAAGGUGCUCGACCUGGACGGCGACCCCGAGCUUUUCCGGCGCUUCCUGGGCGCUGACUUCCCCUUCACCGUGGCCGAGGCGCAGAGCCUCUUGCGCUGUACGGUUAACCUGGACCACUCCAUACGCCACCGCAUGGGCCUCAUCCGGGCCGUCAGCACGCUCAAGACGCCCCGCCCGCCCGAGUCCCCUGCCCGCAAAGACCCGCACGCCGCCAGCGGAGCCAACCACGCCCCCGGGGCGGCCUGGGCAGGCCAGGCUCCUGCGCGUGUCUGCGAAGCCCACCAACCCCAGGACGGGGGCAAGUCCAGACCCAUGGCCUGAGUGCCCUUCACUUGGGGUCAGUCUAGCCCAGGUGGGCCUUGAAUGGAAGACCUUGGGCGCAGCAGAGGGCAACACUUCCUUCUGCCCAGAUGAGGGUGUAGGGGGCCUAACUGGGUCCAAGUCCCAGGGUCCAGUGUCCGGAAUGAGGCCUGUGGUGGCCACAUUCCCCAGGUGAAUCUGUGAGCCAGAGAGAACUGUUGGCAGUAGCCACCAGGAGUGGGGCAGUGUAUCAGUGACAGCAUCUGAGAGCCCGGGCAGAAGGACCCAUGAGGAACUCGGGGUUCAAGUGCAAUAAAUGAAGAUGUAAAAACCCCA